CCCUUGAGGCAGAGCAAGUUGAGCAAGAUGCAAACACACUCCCUGACGGGGCUGCAACAGGGUAUUUAAGGGCAACAGGAGCAUAGUGACAUGUGGUGGGCAUCAGGGCAGAGUGGGGAAGGGGGAGGGGCGGUGCUCAGGACGGGACUAGAGGAGCGGUGAGUGGGGAGGCGAAGGUCUCAGAGUGAAGUCCCACUAGUCCCCGUCCAGCAGGCGCGCGGAGAGGGCGAGUGGUGGCGCAUGCGUCCUGGCCUCACCUCCAGGCUCAAAAUUCCCACCACGUGGAUACAGUUUUUCUUGUCUGCGGUGGUCGUGGGCACGUGUGGUGGACCUGACGGUGUGUGUCGAGUGUGAACAAGGGUUGUCAUCAUGUGCAUGGUCUGCACGACGGACCGACGCACGCGCAGGAAGUGUUGAGUCCCGUAGGCCCAAGCGUCGUGCCCGAAUCAGCGACGCAAACCUACGCCAGGUCGCCCACACCUCUACGCUCUCCAUGACCCACGCCUAUCACCUCCCCAGUUUCGCUAGUUACAAGUUCCGGGCGGAUGUGACACGCAGCACAACAUAGUGGAAUAUGCAUGGUGGGUGACGGGCGGGUGGGGUGGUAAGGACAACAAGGAGCUUCGGCAGGCCAGCCACGUCAGGAUGGGGAGCAGCAGCAUUGAGCAGCAGCACCAGCAGCAUCAGCACUAUCAACAGCAACAGCAACAGCAGCAGCAGCAACAACAACAGCAGCAACAGCAGCAACAGCAACUACACAACUACCACCACCACCAACAGCAGCAGCAACAGCAGCAACAACAGCAAGCAUCACAGCAUCUUCAUCAUCAGCAGCAACAGCAUCAGCAGCAACAGCAGCAUCAGCAACAGCAGCACCAGCAACAGCAGCAGCAACAACAGCUACAGACUCAGCAGCAGCAACAGCAAGAUGACAAGAAACAGACUUAUAACCUGUGCUGGAACGAAUUCCCUAGUAAUCUGCUGUCUUUUUUCAAAGAGCUUCGUGACCAGGAGGAAUUCGUGGACGUGACGCUGGCCUGCGAGGGUCAGCAAGUGUCGGCCCACAAAGUCGUCCUGUCCGCCAGCAGUCCCUACUUCAGGUCGCUCCUUAAGAACAAUCCGUGUGACCAUCCCAUCAUCAUCCUGAAUGAAGUGGGCUACAGCGAGCUCAUCACACUGCUGCAGUACAUGUACCGUGGCGAGGUGCAGAUCGCCCACGACCAGAUCAAAGACUUCCUUAGGACAGCCAAGCUGCUGCAAAUCCGCGGACUGGCCGAGGCCGCCGCUGAGUCACGGUCACGGUCUUCUUCAGACAGCCGCAGCGAGAACGGUCAAGGCCGAGAGGUGCCCACGCCUAUCCCGAAGACUGAACCUGCCGACCUGGAGGAGGACGGCCGACCGCCGGACAGUCCUAAGGUCAAGAGGAUCAAGUUAUGCAGCUCAGUGGGGCCGCCGCCACCAUGCUCCCCCUCCCCACACCUGUCAGGGGGCCCUAGCCCCCCAGCCCCUACGCCGCCCAUCCCCAGCCUGCCUCUCAGCAUGGCCAGUAUGGCCGGUCUGCCCUCCUUGCCGCCCAUAGGUUUACCCGGCUCCUCUCUACCACUGUCCCUGCCUUCCUCUAUCACUGCCCUGCCCCCCGUAACCACCGCCCACCCAUCCUCCAUCCACCACGGCCGCUCCGCCCUCCACACGCCCACACACAUGAGCCAGCAGCCAUCCUUCCCGGGCCUGUACCCCGGAAUGGGCUCCGACGACACCCAGGAUACCAUGGGCAGCGACCGCUCCGAGGACCGCGACAAGUCCCGCCAUGACGAGGACGACUACGAGCACGAGAACACUCUGGAGAAGAUGUCCGGCCUGGCCAACAUGGCCGCCCUAAAAGGAUUCGGAGGGUUCCCCGGGCCCUCGGGUCUGGCGGGCCUGGCCUCGGCCGCCAUUGGGUCCAACACCGACAGUAACCCUGGUCGUCCCCGCUUUGACUUCUACCGUGUGCGUGCGACAGACCCCCGACCGUGCCACAUCUGCGGCAAGAUCUACAAGAACGCCCACACGCUGCGAACCCACAUGGAGGACAAACACUCCAACUGCAAUGGGUUCCGGUGUGUGCUGUGCGGCACGGUGGCCAAGUCCCGCAACUCCCUGCACUCCCACAUGAGCCGCCAGCACCGCGGGGUAAGCACCAAGGACUUGCCGCUGCUGCCCAUGCCCUCCCCCUGGGACCCCGAGAUGGCCGCCAAAUAUAUUCAGAUGGUGGGCGGUGUCGGCGAGGUGGUCAGACAGAACUACCGCCGCUCAGACCGCGACAACUCAAGCAGUGACAAUGGGUCUGCAAAAACCACUUCCUCGCGAGACCGAGAUAUGGACAAAACACCCUCAUCCCAGGAAAACGGCGGCCUCUACCUGAAGUCAGACUCCGGCGUGCGUGACGAAGACGGCAUGAAGGAGCGUCGACCAUAUGACGCCAUCAGCCGCCACCUCGACAUGUACACCGGAGCCAAGCCGGCAGGUGCUUCACUACUGGACACCUAUCUGCAGAUGAUGCGAGCCACGGGCAUGGACCUGGCCACGCCCACCCCUGACAGCCUGCAGGAGGAAAGGAAAUUCCUGCACUCUCGGCCACUAGGCGGUGGCGUGCUGGACCUCACCCGUCCGGAACUGAUGCGCAGCAGUGUUUCCCCGCGGGAAGAUGACCACGGGGGAGGCCAGGCCUCGGACGGCUUCAGCGAGGAUGACAUGGGCAGUGUGAGCGGGGAGGCGCCGGCCCCGCGAAAAUUGAGCGGUGGUGCUACGGUGGUGACCGUCACCCCGCGCUCCCCGGAGCCCUCCGACACCGAGGACGACGCCAAGUGGGCAGUGCAAUAGUGACCCACCACACGCAGCCGUGCAGCGUCACACAGCAAUCACAGCAGUGGUACAAAUAACACAGUGAAUGCAACAGAGAAUAGCAUAUGGGCGUGUGGGCCGGUGUGAACCAGUGCUAGUGGGUGGACCCGCCCUGCCGCCCGUGGGCCGCCUUCCCCAUGCCCUCACUCUCCUCCACCACGCAUCACCUCCUUUCUACCUCACUCUUUGUGCCCCCUCACUAUAUGCCUAAGACAACUCUGCCCUCACUCACGGUAUCAAUAGUUGCCUUUAUACCUUUCUCAUCAAUGGUUUCCGCCCGUGCCACAACCGUGCGGAGCCGGGAGGGCGUGGUGCGGGCGUGGGCGGGGGCGGCACACGUCUCACGCAGUUGUCAGUUCUCAGGGACUCGUCGGGCUUCACUCCCUCCUGUACAUAUUAUAACUCUCUCACUCAGGCCGGCGGUGGCACAGGUGCGAGGCAGCCCGCCCACCACCACCCUGGCUUGCACACCUGCACGCCCACACACAGUCACACACAUACACGCACACACACACACAUACACACAAACAUAAUUACAGUGCACAAACGCACCAGGAAAAUGUGCACAUAAAUAAGACUUUCGUGUAGCAGCCGCCUCCAUGCUAAGGUCAACCCGUUGGUGCCCUCUCUUGGUGCUUCAGAUUUUUGCAUUAUGCUAAUUAAGAGCUUAAUUAUCCUUCAAAAGAAUGGAAGCUUCACAUGUCAAUGGUACACACGUCUGUGUCGACUCACGCUCUCUAGGUCACCAAUGCAUCAAUAAGCAAACGCUCUCAAGCCACCACCACUGAGGCACCACCGGGUGUCCAAUGUUGACCCGCAACACUCGCAGCAGCAGCACCACCACCACCACCAUGUCACUUGUUCGCGCGGGACAAGACACUCAGGCGGAACACACUGGUGCAUCCGUGUAGCUCCAGUCGCCAUGGUCUCAGCAUUCCUCUCUUUUUAUUUAUUCUUUUUACUAGAUGCAAGAUAUUUGGUUUCAGUUUUUAUCUUAGUCUUGUACAGGGAUGGACCCCUUGACUCCUCAGAUCCCCAGUUUGUGAUGUGAUCAUGGAUUUUAAGCUUUCUGCAGUGGAAGGAAAAAGAAGAAAAAAAAAAAGCCUUUCUAUUGAGGGUUAUCACUGUAACACUCCCAAGAGCCCCUCACUGCACGACGCUCAAAGUCUCUCCUCCCAUCCCUAAUACGUCUGCUGUCCUUGACUAUACACCUUUUCUACACCUAUUUCGGCACCUGUGUUACACUUGCUUCAACUGCUUCCCGAUAUCAUACUAUACUAUAUCUAUACUACUACUACUACUACUACUACUACUACUACUUAAACUACUGCUACUACUACUACUGCUACUUCUACUACUGCUAUUUCUUCUUCUUCUACUACUACUACUACUACUACUACUACUACUACUACUACUACUACAGUGUAUUUUGUGUCUGUGAAUUCUCCGUCCAGCCAGGGUAACCCCACCCGCACAGACAGCUUGAGUCGGGUCUCUGCUCAGUACAAAGUGUGUGAGCGGCCCGGGCUUGGGCUGCCCCGUCUUGAUCUCAGUGUAAAUACCCGCCAUUGCAACAAAUGAAUCCCCCCUCUCGUCCCCCACCCCCGCCCACCCCCCUCACCAGAAAUUCCACCACGCACUCACACUUUCCACGUGAGUUUUGAAGAUGUUGAUGAUAUUUACAGCUCUCAUUGAGGGGAGAGUUGCUGAAGAGUGUAUUUCAACUCGCCUUGCAUGAUGUAAGAAAGCAAGAUAGCUCAAUUGGUAUCUUCAAGGGCUCUGUGUCAUGGGAGACGUGUUCAGAUCCCUCCCUCGCGACGCACUCUCUCCUCGUCAGCUGUAUUUAUCAUUAACCUCUAUGAAAUGAUAUUACAGAUAGUCAGGUAGAUUUCAGGUACCAGAUCCCAUAUCGUUAUUUUUGUAAUGUGUUUACACACGGUUCUCAGCCAUUCCAGUUGUAUGGUAAAAACUGCUCUGUCCAAGUCAUGUUGUCUCAGCAUUUCAAGUGCAACUAGUCAAGGAUUCCGUAAACAGAAAAAACACAGUUGGUGUGCUUUUUAGGAUGCACUUCCACUAUGCUUAGCAAUGAAUAUGCGAUAAACUGUACAUUAACCUAGAGAGAUAUAUAACACGUGGCCUGCGCGGCGCGGCAGUAGGAUCUGUAGUGUCUACCUCAUAGUUGUACAGUAGCGGGUCCUGCGGUGACACCCGCGUGGGUUCCGCUAUCACGCCCCUGGCCAGUGCUCACCCCCACCCCACCCUUAUGCACGAGUUUGCCCACAAUCCUGGGCUUGUAGGCUCGUUGAGAACCACACCUGAUCUUGAGGUGUGCAGUCACGCCCCCCGGGAGAUGAUUGCCCACUGGUGAGCAAGGUACGCGACUGGUCAGGACGCUGCUGCCACUGUGAUGGUGCCGGGCGGCAUGCGGUUGCGGCGGCGGUGCCCACGCGGUGGUGUUGCUGCCUCCCACUCCCCGCACAGUGUGUCUCAGUGUUGGGUAGUGUAGUAGAGCCCAUAGUUAGCUAUAGUGUUAAUGUAAGUAAGGCACCGGUAGUUGUUGUUGUCUGUUGCAGCAGCGGUGGUGAUGACGCGGUCCGAAUUACUGACACAGCCGUGAUGCGAGGGUGAUAAGGUACACGUGCCGUGCGCACCGUGGUUAAACACAGCUGCAGGGAGGCCGCCCACACGCCCACGACUGCAGACUCGACGACGUCAAGAUAAAGGAUGUUUAAGUCUGCCAUCCUGUGAGGCGAAGGAAAAGCAACGGUAUCCUGGCCGACCCUCAGCACUGCAGGUCCCCAGUUAGCUCUGUACACGUAUGUUGCACAGCAUCUAUGCAAAAGGUGGUGUUGUAAAUGGUGCUGCAGUGGCAGGCGAGGGCGGCAGCCCGGCAGCAGGUGUGGCCGAGCGAGGUCAGGAUCUAAUCAUGACCGACCUGCCAUAUUCUCAGCAAUACCAGUGAUUCAGCCCGCGCCCAGCCUCAGCCCCAACCAGCCCACAACUAUGCCGUCUGUUAUAACUACCAUUACCGCCCUACCCGCCAUCCCCCCCAAGCGGCCGCCGCCCACCCACCGGUGUGGCGGGGGACGCAACAACCCAGCAGUAUUCACCGUUGAGGAGUAUUGACCUAUCCAAUAAUCCAUAGUGAGCCAUGCAACCACGUCUUUCCAUAGAAGUAUUACUAGCCAUGUAGUUCCGUCAAGAGGCUGGGGGCGCGCUGGGUUGGUCUAAUGGUGCUGGGUGGGCUAUGUGUACCCUCGGAGGCUCCCUUUGGGAAUGAUUGGGGUGGUGACCAUACAAGACAAAUUUUGUGUGUCUCUAACCCAUAGAAAAUGACAUAGGAAAUAAGUUAUGUUAAUGGAUCUAUAUAAGGUAAUUCAUAGGCCUACUUAAUCUACUAGGUUGGUAAUGGCAUGCUUAGAACCAAGGUUUGGUACGGUAGAAAAGCUGACGCAGUAGUCGGCGCUGCACACUUGUAUGGAGGAUGAGUGUUAGAUUGUUUAACCAAGAGUCUGUAGUCGAGGAUCAUCAUUCACAUACGAAUUACUAUUCUAGGUUACUCUAAGUUUUGUAUCGCCUAAGUUAUGGUCAUCUCAUUUUAUAUUAACAGAUCUUACUUUUUUAUAUUUGUUGGUAUUAUAAUUAUUGUUACUUUACCGAAUUAGCAACGAUGCUUAUUUUCUAGGUUAAGUUUACAAGUUCCUAGUUCUUAGACACGUCAAGUGAAGGCGGCCAAGGGGGCUGCGUGUCUGGUGAGCGGCGAUCAAGGCCUUCCCUCGAGAGGGCAAGAGUAAAGGUUCAGAGGCUUAUCCCGAGGCGCCCCACACUCCAGUCUAGAGUGGCGCUUCACAAACAGGACACAGAAAGCACCGCCCCAGACGCCCGGCCCUUACUGGCUCGCAUAAGUGAUCAUUGUCCGAAUUUUGCCGCUUCCAGUGUUUAUUUGCUACAUGACCAGGCCUUAAAAGGCCGCCAAGAUAACUAACGUGCCAAGCAUCCAUUGUUGAUAGUUUUCAGCUAGUUUCAUACAUUUCAUUUUAUCCGAAAAAGCUGUUCUGGUUGUUUGUUUCUCAUUUUCUGACAAACUACAUCAAAGCAAACAAAGGUAUAGCAGAAUUAUGUUUAGAGGGACAGCUUCCUGUUGAUGGUCGAGAUGAUAGUUUACAGAUUUCUCCGGAGACCAUGAUGUGUGUAAUGUUCUGGAGCCCUAGAGAUUGUAGCCUGUACUGUUACAACCUGUGCUGUGUAGUGCUGUAGCGAGACGAACAGGGCCACACAGGAAGCCCCCUCCCCCUCACUCACUGUUGAACACCCUGCACAGACACAGUGGCGCCCCAGCCCGCUCUCUUCAGUCCCCCUCCCGCCAUGCUCAACUCAAACCUCCCCGCGGGGCCAGAGCCAGGGCGUGAAGACAUGAUGUGUGGUCCUCAGUCACUCCGCUCCACAAUACACAGACUAUGUUUUGUAUUUAUUUUUCUCAUAAAUGUACUACUGGUCCCCACAGCAACUGCUACUCCAUAAGAAUACUGAGUGGAAGAACUGUGCAGUGUGUUGAACAGGUUAUAAGAUACUGUGCAGUAAACUGUACACCUAGAUAUGGUACUGUGCGAUUUGGAGGGUAUUGGUCAGAAAUUUAGAAAAAUGUGCAAGUAGGACAGUACUGCGCACCACUAGUUACUUCGUGGGCUGGUAGUGAAUUACGCCAAGGUUUUGAAAUGGGAGGAAUGAAUACACACUGAUGUAGACACGAAUACUGCUUGAAGCAACAAUUAAGGCUUCCCCUGUGUCACAUCAGACAAGUGAGACCUGCGUCCCAACCUGUGGCGCCGGUCUUGAGCAAGCUGAUGUACACUACACUCAUGCACAUAACACCCAUCAUCACAACAAAGUACACAUGAUCUGUAGGAAGAAGCCUGUAUAUGUACAUGUACGCGCGUCUCUGUGCAGCUUUUGAUGACGUCUACUGUUUUGUGUAAGUACGUGCCUAUUUUUUCGAGAUUGUAAACAUCAAGUUCGUCACGCUAUCUCGCCUCCUGUUGUACUCGCUUACGAAUGUCAUUACAGCCGGCUGCCGGCCACCCCAGAGGAGAUAUUAUAUUUAGGUUGUUCGCUGCACAAAACAGCUGAGGCUGGCAGUCAGGCGACACAAGGCUCGCAGCGAGACCAGCGUCAGGCAGGUGGUGCCCGACGUUCAGAACCACCCCGGUGAUUAACAACAUUAGUGACACGGUGCUUCAAUAUGAACAUUAGGUACUCUAAGCUCUACUAUACUCUGUGAAGAACACUUAUGCUUCAUCCUGAGAGGAAAACUACUGUUAUCAUGUACACUUGUAUGUUACUUAUGUUUUGGUCAAUUCCAAACUCUGCUGAGUUAGACUCGCCGAAUUUUCUUCUAUAUUCAGGAUGGCUAAAGGCCAUCAUAAAAGAUGUAACUUCGGCUUUUGAGGCCUUUAAACUUGUUUGUUAAGUCGCGUGAUUGGCAUUGUUACGACAACACGUCAAAUAGUGAAACAGCACCCCUUUGUGCCUCGCAGAGUCACUCUAUCCCUCAUGGGUUAAUUCCAUUUCAGAAUCUUGGAGGAGUGUGUGUGUUUAGAUGAGGCUCUAUCAGCACUGGUGUCCCGGUCAGCCCCGCCCGGCCCCGCCCGGACCCGCGUACCCCAGCCGUCGCGGGGAAUCGGAGCGACCGAGUCGUCGGCCAGUCAGUGGUGUAUUGUGUUCGUUAGCGACAGGCAAGGGUAACCCAGAGCAGUGGACGCCGCUUGCACCUGCGGUAACUUGACCAUCAGUUUGUGUACGAUUAAUUAUGACUCUCAUGAGGCCACCACCGGAAAUGUACACAUACAGUACAUACUAGUUCUCUAUUCCAUGACAAACCUUGCCUAGAGAAGUUUCUUUCUAAAAGAAAAAGAAAAGAAAUCAAACAAAAAUAUCGGCUGCAUUUUUUUUUUUUCUAUCUCUUUGCAUUUCGUGAAAAUAGUUCAGCCUCGCCCCCUUCCAUGCCCUCAGCAGGAGCCUUCCCACGCGGAGGACUGUCCCAGAAAGUUAGACAACACACGAGCUGGCUUAGGGUGCAAGGGAUUCUAGCUCCCACCAUAACAACAACGGCCUCGGCAGCAGCGGCAGGCGGACGGUAAAAUAGUGUCACAAUAACACACAUGGCGUACUCCCCUAGCAGUGUUGCAAGCGGCGUCUUCUGUGCCAUAGUCCGAUAAACUACCUCGUCCACAACCCGGUACCUCACGCCCCCAGAUAAAUCCCGAUAGGUAAGCAGCAGCAGCGUGUAGAGCGGCUGCCUCCUAUAGUUCAUGACUAUAGAUUAAUAUUUUUAUUUCUAUUUCUGAUAACCCAGCCUUCGCUCAUACCUACUACAACAUGAAUUCCUGCUCCCAAUGGAUCCGCUCCGCGCUCCUCCCUAUAACGUGGAGUGGGUCGCCCUCCUACUCCCUCUAGUAGUUAGCAACCCAAUCAACCUAUUGACUUCAGCCCAAACCAUAUCGGCCCAGAGCAACCAAGCUUCUUUUCGCAGUGCCAUACUCCAGGCGCCGCUCCGUGCCAAAUACGCAGUGGCGUGUGGUUAUAGUUUUACAAGCAACACUUCCGCCUUGAUUCACACGUUGCCUACGAGCCCACAGACUGUUCCAUAGCCAAAAGAAUGCUAUAGCAGCACCACACAGCUGCCUCGUGGACGUUAGCCACGAACCAACAGUGGCCAUUCCUGAAUCCCGAAGCUCAGGAUCAUGCGAAUCAAAGUGGAGGUGGGGCCACCCUCUUCCCUAGGUCGCUCCUAUACCGAGGGGCGGCCACCCCUUGUAUCCUACCACAACUCCUACACAGAUACCUAAGAUGUUAUAAUCUACCUAUGCAAUAGAACAAUAGACUGUUAAAUUGUAUCCGUUUACUCUCCAAAUGCCAGUUAUAACAGCCUCUCCAUGACAGCGCCAGUACCCAAGGCCUUCUGUCUGUUAGUGUCCUUAGCCAAGAGUUCUGAAAUAUGAUGAUGACCAAUCCUAAUUGAGGACUGAUGCCCAUUAUUUCUGCCGCAAUAAUUAAAAAGUUAAUUUCCAUAUAUUUCACAGCUCUGGCUUUGGCUAUUUGUUGAUUAGUCGUUAACGAGUCGUAGCGUUGAGUGUGAGGGUCCGCGCGCGCUGCGGAAGUCUACACUCGUUCAGAACAGACAACCGGGACACCAGCCUGUGCCAGCGAGGGUGAUCAUGGGGGCCACAGGAGCUGCCGCUAGAAAGUAUUCGUGUGAAGUUGUACUUUUAUUGUCGAGCUCCGCCUGUGAGUUGUGUAGACCAGUUAUGGCUCCUUGAAGUCACUCUUCUCGUGAGGAAUCGGCACCAGCUUGAAAGACAAGCAAACUGGCGUGUGAUGAAAGGCGAUUACAGCUUCAGUUCGUCCCCGAGUCUGUCCCGAUAAAUUACAGUGGAUCUUUUAGCACCGUGUUCGACGACCUUUACCUUAGAAUAAUUUCUUCCUUCAAGUAGAACUAUAAUCUUGACUUCAAGAUACUGAUAUGCACGCCGCUCCGACAAGGAUUAGUGCAUCACAUCUCUCUCUCCUCGCCUACUAGCUUCUGCCUCCCUCCCUCCCUCACUCCCUCCCGCCAUUCUCCUCUUGGUCUGUCAUAUAUCAUCAAACCAAAGUCCAAAACCUUCAAGAGAAGAAUAGCCAGUAAAUGUUAUUCGUUGACGUACCUGUCUCUCUCCCAGUGGUUCAGAUUCAUUCCCCCCACCAAGAGCAUCCAUCACACACACACACACACACACACACACACACACACACACACACACACACACACACACACACACACACACACACACACAUCCAGCUCCUUAUGAAACACUGUACUCAUCAUUCCAUAACCCUCAGGAGCCAUCCUUUCAUUCCUAACUCAAGCCCUCGUCAGCACCUCAUCACCCCUCCUCACCCCUCCCCCCCCCACAGCUUGUCACCACGUCCCGCACUGUGCUCUCGAUUUUUCUUCGUUGUAGCGUGCGUCGACUAGUUACAUCAAGCUAAGUUACAGGUGGAUCACGCCUGUGCCUGCGGCGGCGACAUGUAGCGC